AUGUCGGAGAGUGCGCUUACUGAGUUUGCUAAAAAGUUCAAGAAGUACAAGAAAUUCAAAAAAGCCAAGAAAGAAUCAAAUGAUGGUGCGCAAUCCAUAGGUGUAUGCUAUGGAAGGAGUGGUGACAACUUGCCUAGUCCGUCAGAAGUUGUAGACCUCUACAAAGCCACUGGCAUUGAAAGAAUGAGAAUUUAUGACCCAAAUCCACAAACCCUCCAAUCCCUUAGUGGAUCCGGCAUACAACUCAUUCUAGACGUCCCUAAUCCUGACCUUCAAGCCAUUGCGUUCGAUGCCUCGGCUGCAGCUAACUGGGUGCAAAUCCAAGGUAGGUGGGCGAGGUUUGGUUUCAUCGAUAUAGCUAAGGAGAUCAUAGCUAAUGAACAAGGCACACAAUCCAUAGGGGUCUGUUAUGGAACGCUGGGUGACAAUCUACCAAGUGCCCCUGAAGUUGUCCAACUGUACCAAAGGCCUGGCAUAGAGAAAAUGCGAAUUUUUUUAUCCAAAUCCUGCAACCUCGAAGCCCUAAGAGGGUCUAGUAUACCACUCAUCCUCGGUGUCCCUAAUGAAGACCUGCAGGGCCUCGCGUCCAUUCCUAAAGCUGCAAUUGAUUGGAUACAAUCCAACGAGCUGACCUAUGCAUUGACUAUUAUGUCCAAAAACCUCGGUACCAUUGUUGGGAAGGACAUGUAA